CCAGUGCCAGUGCCUGCAGCUGGCAGUGCUGGGCCAGCAGCCAGGGGUGCUCCUGCCUGAGCCCCUGGGCCUGGCCCCACAGUGCCUGCUCCUCGUGCUGGGCCUUCUGCAGAGCUGUGCAGAGAGGUUCCGGAGGUGUCAGAACCCCCCAGAGCCACAGCCCCCCCCGAGCCCCACAGCCUCCGCCCUCAGCAGCCUGAGCCCAGGGCUCCCUCCCGCCCCUCCGGCGCCGAGCGCAAGGGGGCGCAGGUGCGGCAAGGCCCCGCCCAGAGCUGGCAGCCAGAGCCAAUGGGAGGCGUGGGCAGAGCGGCCCCGCCCCCAAGGGCGCUGUGGGCUCCGGCCCCAGGGGCGUGAGCGCCAUUUUGGCUGGUGCUGGGCAGCGUCGUGGGAGCGCUGGAGCAGAGGCUGUGGUGUGCGCGGGCAGCGCUGCGCCAUUCUGCAACAGUCCCUCACUAGCAUGGCCUCAUGGAAGGACCCAGACAAGAGCUGGGAGGAGAAGCAGCACCCAGAGAGUAAGAUGGAGCAGGCAAAGUGCAUCCUGAAGAAAGAUUUCAAGACAGAGGAUGAUGAUGAGGCGAAUUAUGACUGUGAUAAUGUUGAGUAUGAGGAGAAUGUUCAGGGUGAAGAUGACCAAGAUGAGAAGGGAGGUGGGUUCAUAUUAACCCCCUCUGUGCCAGUCAAGCAGCUGCUUCAGUGCCCUGAGUGUGGGCAGAGCUUCACACGGCGGUACAGGCUCAUUGAGCACCGCCGAACCCACACUGGUGAGAGGCCCUUCAGCUGUGCUGAUUGUGACAAGAGAUUCACAGUGCGCUCUGAUCUCAUUGUCCACCGCCGAACCCACACGGGAGAGAAGCCCUUCAGCUGUGCUGACUGUGGCAGGAGAUUCACACUCCGCUCCAGUCUUGUUGCCCACCGCCGAAUCCACACGGGAGAGAAGCCCUUCAGCUGCGUUGACUGUGGCAAGAGAUUCACACAGCGCUCACAUCUCAUUGUCCACCGCCGGACCCACACUGGCGAGAAGCCCUUCAGCUGUGCUGACUGUGGCAAGAGAUUCACAGUGCGCUCCAGCUUGCUUGCCCACCGCCAAACCCACACCAGCGAGAAGCCCUUCACCUGUUCUAACUGCGGUGAGACAUUCGCAGUGCACUCACACCUCAUUUCCCACCGCCAAACACACAGGGGAGAGAAGCCCUUUGGCUGUGCUGACUGUGGCAAGAGAUUCACCAUGUGCUCUAGCCUCAUUGCCCACUGCCGAGCCCACACUGGUGAGAAGCCCUUCAGCUGUGCUGACUGUGGCAAGAACUUCGCUCAGCGUUCUCAGCUCACUGUCCAUCUCCGAACCCACACCAGCGAGAAGCCCUUCAGCUGUGCUGACUGUGGUGAGAGCUUCACAGUCCACUCAGACCUCAUUACCCACCACCAAAUCCACACCGGAGAGAGGCCUUUUGGCUCUGCUGACUGCAGCAAGGGUUUGACUCAGAAGUCUGCCCUCAAUCGUCACCGCAGUGUGCACAACACUGAGAAAUCCUUCAGCUGCAGGGACUUCGGCAAGAGUUUCAAAAACAGCUCCACUCCAACCAUCCACCAGCGCUCCCACACCAGAGAGACUCUGUUCCUCUGUACAGAGUGCGGCAAGAGCUUCACCACGAGCUCACAGUUCAUCCAGCACAGACUCAUCCACAGCAGUGAGAAACCCUACAGCUGCAGGGACUGCGGCAAGAGCUUCGCCCACAGCUUCUCUCUCAUCUGGCACCGUCAGGUACACACUGGUGAGAAGCCCUUCACCUGCUCUGACUGCGGCAAGAGCUUUGCCAGCAGAGGCAGUCUUAAUUCACACUACCGUUCCCACACUGGUGAGAAACCCUUCACCUGCUCUGACUGCAGCAAGAGCUUCACUCGCAUCUCUGCUCUCAUUCAGCAUCGUCGUGUCCACACUGGUGAGAAGCCCUUCACCUGCUCUGACUGCGGCAAGAGCUUCACGCAAAGCAGCAAUCUCACUUCCCACCGCCGCACUCACAGUGGUGAGAAGCCCUUCACCUGCCCUGACUGCGGCAAGAGCUUCACACAAAGGAGCAAUCUCACAUCCCACUGCCGCUCCCACACUGGUGAGAAGCCCUUCACCUGCUCCGACUGCGGCAGGAGCUUCGCUCGCAGAAUCAGUCUCACUUCCCACCGCUGUAUCCACACUGGUGACAAACCCACUCUGCAGAGCAAGCACAAAUAGCCCCACCCUGGGUCUGUUGGGGUAAUUGUGCCCCCACCCUGAGAAGGCCUUUCCAGCAGAUUGACCCAAAAUCUCCUCUUUUCCACCUGCAUUUCUCAGAGGCUGGGGGCUCCAGCAGGAACAAACACCUCCUGCCCUGCUGAGCACCAAUCAGUGCUGCUGAGAAUCAUGGCAGUGCUGAGUCAGCACAGCCAGAGCUGCCAUUGGAGCUGGGCUGAGCUGUGCAGAGAUUUGUCUGGUUCUUCCCCUAUUCUUUGUGUGUCGCUGGGGUAAAAGCCCCUCUGCCCCGUGCCCAGGUGUGUCAAUAAAAGCCCACAGUGACCCAAA